AUGAAGGACUUGGCCGAAAUCCCCCCUCGACCACGAACAAGCCGGGGGUUCUUCCGCCCGCACGACACGUUGACCGCGUGCGAGGUAGAGAUACAUCGCACCCCCAGCUCCUCGGCUGCGGCCUGUUGCUCUUCCAGCCGUGGCACAGCUGCAAGACGGGCAGCAAGACGCAUCCAGCGACGAAGGCGGAUACGGCUAUGCGCAAACCCGUCUGCCAUCUCCUGA